GAAAAGGAGGCGGCGGGGGGGGGGAGAGACUCCGCCAGCGAGCGCAGAGCGCAACCCGGGCAGCCAACCCAGCGCGGCCUCUCCUGAGCUGCCUCCGCCGCCCGUCCCCGAGAAAAAAAGAAGGAGCUUGUGAGCAGCAGCUGCUGGCGGGCUCCCUCUUCCGCGCGCGCGCUCAUUCGCAGCAGCAGCAGCAGCCCUGCCUGGCUCGGCCCCGUCCUCGCUCCCCUUGACCUCCCUCCGCUGCGCGAGGAUGGGGAGCUUUCGCUAAGGUGCUGCCUCUUCUUGCAGCUCUCGGGAACGGGGUCGUGGCUGCUGCUGCUGUGCUGCAGGUCCGGUGGAGUAGAGACUCUCCCCCAAGAGAGCAACGUUGCGACAAGUGCCUGGCCCGCUUUCUUCUUCCUGCCCCUUGGCAACUCCCCCCUGGAGGGGGGGCCCACGCAGGCUAAGAGCCCCCCUCGGAUUAGAACCUGUUCAUCUGGACGGACUGACUGACAGGUGGGCGGAUGUUGGCUGCUGUACUGGUUUGAAGGACUAUGGCUCUGUGAUCUCAGUCUCCUGGCCUUUAGCAGAUCUUCAAAGGAAGCAUAGAUAGGAUGUGAAACUGGACUUCAGGUCUCUGCAAAACAUUUGCACUUGGUCCUGCUGCACUAACACUCCAGAGAGGCUAGCAAGGAAGCCGCAAUGCUCCCCGAAGUGACCCCGUUGCUGCUUCUGAUGGUCGGCAUCCCCACGGUGACUGGAGGGGGAACCGGAGGGGGCUAUGCGCAGAUCAAGUACAUGCAGCCUGUGGUGAAAGGGCCCCUUGGCCCUCCGUUCCGGGAAGGCAAAGGACAAUAUAUAGAUAUGCCACCACCGCUGCUGCCCAUGGACCUCAAAGGGGAGCCUGGGCCACAAGGGAAGCCUGGCCCAAGAGGACCUCCUGGCCCCCCUGGCUACCCUGGGAAACCAGGCACUGGAAAACCAGGACUUCAUGGCCAGCCGGGCCCUGCUGGCCCCCCCGGCUUCUCUGGCGUUGGCAAGCCAGGCAUCCCAGGGCUCCCUGGCAAGGCAGGGAUGAAAGGGAUGCCGGGGACGAAAGGAGAGCCUGGCAUGAGAGGAGACCAGGGGCCAAGAGGCUUGCCAGGCCCCCCAGGAUUGCCUGGACCAGCAGGCCUCUCUGUGAAUGGCAAACCGGGCCCAACGGGUGGUCCAGGUUUACCAGGGUUCCGUGGGGAGCCGGGCCCCAAAGGGGAGCCGGGCCCCCGGGGGGAGCGUGGCAUGAAGGGUGAAAAUGGAGUUGGGAAGCCAGGGCUGCCAGGACCGCGAGGGAACGGAGGGCCCCCUGGCCCUGCAGGGCCUCCGGGUAUUCUAGGCAUUGGGAAACCUGGACUGGAUGGGUUACCUGGCGCUCCAGGAGGGAAAGGGGACUCGGGGCCUCCCGGGGAGCCAGGCCUCAAUGGGCAGCCUGGGCCCAUGGGCCCACGCGGGCCACCAGGCAUUGACGGCAUUGGGGUGCCGGGGGUUGCUGGGGUGCCGGGCUUGCAAGGCCCUCUGGGUCCUAAGGGGGAACCUGGCAUCCGUGGCCUUCCUGGUAUGCCUGGGCCGACAGGCUACGGGAAGCCAGGGCUGCCGGGCUUGAAAGGAGACCGCGGGCAGCCAGGUGUACCAGGCCUCAUUGGUGACAAAGGGGAGCCAGGGAUCGAUGGAGAGCCAGGCGACAUGGGCCCCUCCGGCAUUCCUGGGCCCCCAGGCCCUCCUGGCUCCAUGGGCUUGCCAGGCAAACAUGGCAUUCCAGGCCCUAAAGGGGAGGCUGGGCAUAGCGGGCCUGCAGGUCUGCCAGGUAUGCGUGGGGACCAAGGGCCCAGUGGUUUUGUGGGGAAGCCAGGGAUUCCUGGGGAGAGGGGACUGCCUGGCCUACAGGGGAUGCCUGGCCCGAUGGGCCCCAAAGGGGAGCCUGGCAUCGUAGGGCUUCCUGGUGUGCCUGGACUCACUGGAGCCAUGGGCUCCAAAGGGGAUGCAGGUUUCCCGGGGCAGCCAGGCCUUAGAGGCUCCUCGGGGAUACCCGGUUUACAAGGCCCUUCUGGUCCAAUGGGGCCUCAAGGCUUACCAGGCCUAAAAGGGGAGCCUGGCCUCCCAGGCGCCCCGGGAGCUGGCAAAAUAGGGGAACCGGGUGUUUCAGGUCCGAGUGGGCCACCAGGCAUUCCUGGGACUCCUGGAGUCAAUGGCCCGCCUGGCCUGCCAGGGCCUCCUGGCCCCCCGGGCGCCCCAGGGAUGUUUGAUGGGACAGGCUUCGCUGGCCUCAGCGUGCCAGAUGGAGGGGUCGACGGAGCAGUGCUGGGUCAUGGCAAACCUGGGAAGCCGCAGUACGGCCAAGGGGAACUAUCUGCCCAGAUGGUGCCUGCCUUCACCGCCAUUUUGACCUCGCCAUUUCCAGCCUCAGGAAUGCCAGUAAAAUUUGACAGGACUUUGUACAAUGGGCACAACGGCUAUAACCCAGUGACUGGGAUUUUCACUAGUCCCAUCUCUGGUAUCUACUACUUUGCCUACCAUGUCCACGUUAAAGGAACAAACAUCUGGGUGGCGCUCUAUAAGAACAACGUGCCUGCCACCUAUACCUAUGAUGAAUACAAAAAAGGCUACUUGGACCAAGCUUCUGGGAGUGCUGUGCUUGAACUCAAACAGAACGAUCAGGUCUGGGUCCAAAUGCCUUCGGAUCAAGCCAACGGUUUGUACUCCACUGAAUACAUCCAUUCUUCCUUUUCUGGAUUCCUUCUCUGUCCCACAUAACGGCUGUUGGGCACACCUCCUUUUAUCCACUUUAGCCAUAAACUGUCUUUUUAAAAAAUAAAACAAAAUAAAAAUAAAAAUACAAAAAGCCACUGGGAAGAUGGUGCAGCUGGUGGUGUGGAGCCACUGAGCCAAGCCAAGAAGAUAAUUGGAAGAGAGAUUGUGCUGGUGUUGCUUUCCGUACCAUCUGCAAAUUCAGAAUUUAGUUUACCCCAGUGACUACACAUCAGAAACACAGACGCUAAUAUAAAAUGUAAUCUGAGUCACCUCUUGAGACACAAUAGAAGUCCUAUUGGGGUGAAUUGUCAAAUUGCGGAAUGCUUUGCCUGGGUGCCUUUUACACAAUUCUCAACACAACCGUAAGGCAUCCUAGCAGAGGUCUAUGGAAGCAGAGAUGGCAAGUGGAACUUAUUCCAAAGCCAUUCAGGAACAUGUGCAAUUCCAUGCAAAAACAGGACUCCUUGACGUGUGUGUGACUCCACUGGGCAGUCAGAUGGGUACCUAGCAAUCGCUUGCAUGUCAGUGGCCCACAAAACAUGGUUUCAUGAAAGGCAGAACUUGACUGGGGAAUGAUGGAGUUAUGCUGUCUUGGAAGUGCCAGUUAACUGACAAUUUUCUUCAGGAUGUGUAAACUUUUUGUUGAGGGUGGUCAAAGUACCCAACCCCUAUGAAACUUUUGAUUUUUUUUUAAAAGUAGAGAUCAUUUUAACUUUCUAUUCAGUCGUUUUUACAACGGUGCUAUUCGCUACUUAAUGUUAUUCACAAGUAUAGUGCAAUAUCCAUUGAAAGAGGUGCAAGGUAUUGUGUGCAAAGGUUUCUGUGACUUAGAAAAAGAGUAAUUUUUUUUACCACUUUAUCUCAAUAAUGCUUGAAAUGUCACCCAUUUGACUCUGGGUUAAAUGUUACUCACAGCUUUUGGGAACAAUAGAUAAAACUAUGGCCAUGUGAAUACCUUGGAUGAUUAGGAGCAAUCAAAGCCUUUAUGAAAGCAUUAUAGAGUGCCUUCAUACAUAACAGUAAUGCAUAUCCUCUUAUAUUGCUAAAGAGAGACUUCUUGUCUUGCAGAAACAAUAUGCUGUUUAAGUGACACCACCUACAAAUAUACUCAGAAUCACUUUCUGCAGAGGCCUGUACUGAACAAAAUAGGGCAUGAAUCCAACCCAAGACUAUUCUUUUCAGUCCCAGGAUGCCAAAGAGAUGACUGAAGGGGCUCAAUGUAAUUAUUUUUUAAUGUAAAAUAAGUAACGCCCAAGAAGGAUGGUGGAGAAAGUGAGUCACCUGCUAUUUCAGCUGUGCUGCCCACCAGCAAUUUCUUCCCUUUAACUUAAACUUGUUUGUCUGAUUUAAAGACAACAAAAGUACAGGACCCAAGAUAUCUGAUUCCAUCUGAUGUUUCCUAGAUUCCUGGAGAUGAGGAGAAUGCAAAAGGCACACUUGCUUGCAAGAGUGCCUUUGGUUUCACAUUAGGUCGCAAUAGGCUAAAUUUGAAGGAGAGACAUGUACAUUGCUUUCUCUGCACCUAAUCUUGGAAGGAGCAUUCUAGGAUAAUUAUGCCUUUGAUUCAAGUAUAUUUUCAUGGGGAGAAGAGCUUUGGUGCUUCCAUGCUUUACCAUCAGAGCAAAGAAAAAGUGUUACUAUUUAACAAAGUCACGUUGCUAGAGAUGGGAAAAGUGGUAUUGUCUCUAUAUAUACUCCGGCUACAGCAAAGGACUGCAAAACUCCAGGACCUGCUUCCGAGUUCCGGAUACUUUGUACACCAUUUAUUUAUACUGCGUUUUAAUGCAGACACAAUCUUUUUCCUUUUUCUUUGUAGAUUCAUCACUUGUGCUCUGGCUGGUAAGACAGAACACACUAUUGACAAAAUGAACAUUUAUCUUGAAAUUCAGCAAUAUGAACUCAUUCAGUUCUUAUAGGUAUUGUCUUACAGCCUCAAUAUUCUCUUCUCAUACAGAGCAUAAACAUUCCACAUUUAUAUACUUAAAAAAUGUUUAAAUAGCAUAUGGCAUAUCAGAAAGUGCCAUUGUUACACACACACAACAAUGAAGCACAGGCUGAAGAGGCUGGCAAAUUAUGGGUCAGGUUUUUUACUCAAGGAUUUGGUAACUGAUCUUUGUCUGUGACAAAGGUGGGUCUUGUUUUGUUUUUGUAUUCAAAAGCAUGUUCGAGCUGGGUUUCUGUAAGCAGCACGUUCAGGUUUGGAAGUGAUAUGCAUUACAAUAUGCAUUUCCUUUUUUUAAUGCAUUACAAUAUGCAUUUCCAUUUUAAAAACGCCUCUAAUAUCUUCAUUUCUAACCUAGUAUAUAGAGGGUUUUAAGUUUUGUAAAUACUUAUGUUAUUAUGUGCACUGUUUCAUUGGUUUAAAAUGCACUCUUUGUUUUGUGAUCAAAAACUGGCCUUCACUUCUGAAAUGAAACUACAGUACUUGAUUGUAUUGACUCAACAUCAAUAAAUCUUAUUUUACAAAAAUAGA